UCAUGAUCUCCCAGCUCAUAGCUACCGGCGAACAUCCUCGUAUAGCUGUUGAGGAGCGUUGGCUGAAAAUUAUGGCAAGAAUCCGCCUGUCGCAGAUGCCAAGGUUAGUUGAGUGCCGUCAGACACAGAAGAAAGGUGAGCUUGUGGUCACGUGGGAGUCUACAGACUCACACAGGCACAAACACAAGACGGUCAGGGUCAUUCUACAUUCUACAUCGGGUCGACUGUGAUCAUGUACGAGCGAUGGACAAGGACGAGGAUUAUCUGAACCAUGACAGACGGGGCUGCUGCUGCCCCAGUCAGGUAUCUCAGGCUGUCAGUGACGGUAUCACCUUCACUGGUUUGGAGACCGACAAAUGUUACUUUCCUGUCGUAUUCCGAGACGUGGAGGGGGCGUUCUUUUCUGAACUUCUGGGCUCAAUAGCGCCUCUCACGCAUGACGUUGUUGUUCCAUGUACCCCCAAAGCAAACGCAACACCCAUUCUAAGUUCGGUCGAGUCUGGUUCACGCCCUGUCACUAUAGAUACGAUCGAUCCGCGUGACAACAGCCAAACUCCUCAGGUCAACGAAGAAGCUGAAAUGGAAGACAACGCCUAUCUCUACCGAUAUCCAAGCAGAAGUGCAUCUGCAUCAGUUCCAUCUGGUACACCGCCUUUGCCAGCGCCGCUGAGACCUAGGCAACGACAGGAGCGUAGCAACGAGGUAACGGUAGACUUGACAAAACGUUCGAAGAAUGACACCUACGUUCCCGGCACUAAAGUUGAGCACAAGUCGCUCGAUUGGGGUGGUAGCUUCCCCGGAAGCCACGACUUCUACCGGACCCGCGACGAACCAGACCAAGAGAUAUACAUCCUCAAACCCAAGACCGACACGAUGAAACCACGUAACAAGAGAAUGCAUUCUGGAGCCACCGAGCGCGGUAGUGCAAAGAAACCGCGCACCGGCACGGCAGCGAGUCGCGCGGGCUUAUACAUCGACCUUUUGAGCCCGGAACCUGAGGAACACUCAGAAUCGGUUAGUUGGCGCAGUCCUUUCCUGCGUCGUGGCCAGUCCGCUAGGAACCUACGGCCAGACGCAGGCGUAGAUUAUCGUGAGGGUCAUCAAUGAGCGAGUAAUACGAUGGCGUCGGUUAGAUAUCUUGGGGGGCAGCUGUCGAAUGAUCAGUUGAGUCAUCUCAUUGGGUACUUGCUGGGAGGUCUUUGCACUAGGUCGUUUAAUGUACCGUGUUCACGCGAAGCAGACUGGAGACGCCAUCCCGCAGGGCCAUUGGACUACGCUGUGUGCCCUAGUCUGCCCGUACUACAUCGACAUUGCAUUAGCAUAUGCGCCUAGCGCAUUUGGAAGCUUCUACUCAACGUUCCAGUCGAUGAAUGGAAUGUACCUGUUGUCAGUGUGGCUGGCUUAUACGCUGCCGACACGCUGGCGCCCCUUGUCACUGGCCAGGAUACCCACAAUUCUCUUGAACUAUCUUAACCUUGCAUGAGCGGAAAGGCUCUUAUUAGCACGAAUGGAUAUGUAUUUUGCAGGAAAGUUGAGUUGCAGUGUGUUUCGCA